AUGCCCCGACUGUACGCGUGCUCGCUGGCCCUGAUGCUGGCCCUGAUGCUGGCCCUGGCCGCCUUCUCCGAGGCCUCGUGGAGGCCCCGCUCCCAGGAGCAGGGCGCACCCUUGGGCCCCGCAACCGGCAGGGGCCUGGAGACACACUGGCUGGAUCUGCCCGGCCCGGCGUCGGCCCAGCGAAGACAGCUGGGCCCCCCGGGCCCCCCACACCUGGUGGCAGAUCUGUCCAAGAAACAGGGGCCGUGGGCGGAGGAGGAGGAGGCAGCGGCCGCCUACGGGUGGAUGGACUUCGGCCGCCGCAGCGCCGAGGAUGCUGAGCAGCGCCCCUAGCGCCAGCUUCCUCCACCAGCCCUGUUCCGAGGAGGACACGAAUCCAAAUAAACUCGUUCCCUGGACACCGGACUCUGUCACUGCUGGGAGGGGAGGGCUGGUCUGGGCCGGUGGCGUUCAAUGCCCCAAGGCGAGGAUGGGGCGGAUCCUUUCCCGCCCCCUGUGGACGGAACCUGCCCGUGGGCCCCCGAAGCCACAGCGAAGGGACAG